AAUGUCCAGAACUUUAGUAGAAGCAAUAAACGAAAGAUAUUGCGAUGACUACGAAUCUAACUUGGUACAGUUUGUAACUUAUCCCAAAGUAGACGAGAGAAAUGAAGCUAAAUUACCCAAAUUAACUACAAUCGGUCUUCAUUCCAAAAGUAUAUGUACAAUUUAUAAGGAUUCUCUGGACCUGCUUAGUCUGUGUCCCAAUGUUCAAAGCAUGGAUUUGUCUGAAAACCAAUUAUCGGAGUGGUCACAAAUCUUCGAUAUGUUGGAACAAUUGCCAAAGCUUGAGUUUUUGAAUCUUAGUGGAAAUCCUCUUGAAGAGGCUAAGCUUGAGCGAAAAGACGAGCAACUGUUGCAAUAUAAGAACUUAACAUCAUUAGCUUUGAAUCGAACUAAGUUUAAUUGGGAUAAAGUUUCAUUACUUUUUGAAUUCUUUCCAUCGCUGGCAGAACUACAUUUAUGCUCAAAUGGUUAUUCUACUUUAAGUAGUCUAGACGAAAAAAAUACUUCCUGUCUUAAAACUCUCUGGUUGUAUGAUAAUUCAAUUUCUGACUGGAAAGAAGUUUGGAAAUUGAACAACCUCCAGAUAGAUUUUUUACUGAUCUCAAACAAUCCAAUUACGUCCGUCGUCUGGCUUGAAGAUGCACAAGAUGAGCAAAAUCAAAAAGAAGAAAGAAAGAAAUUCAAUUUUCUUGAAUCUAUAAACCUAAAUUCAUUAGCCAUUGCAAAUUGGGAAGAUCUUGAAGGAUUACAAUAUUAUCCAGCUCUACGGAGGAUAGCAUUUAAAAAUAACCCAAUACUUGACGAGAUGACAGAACAAUGUCAGAGAAAUCUUCUUAUAGCAAUGAUACCAAAUAUUGAUACUCUAAAUCGUAGCACUAUCUCUUCAGAAGAAAGAAAAAAUGCUGAAUUGUAUUUUCUUUCAUAUUUUUAUGAUAAAUCUGUAAAACCAAAUCGUUAUUUCGAAUUAUUGAAAGUAUAUGGAGAACAGCCUCCAAAAGAGAAAGAUGUGGUGGAUCUAAAAAAGAAUUACUGCACAAACGCUAAUUUAAAGUUCUUUUGUGGUGGAAAACUUAAGCAUACAAGUUCAUUUUCUGUAGCUAAACCCCUUGGUAAGCUCAGAAUUUAUGUCUCGAACAAUAUUCUUAACGUUCCAAUUAAGCGAGUUCGAAUGUUUCAUGCUGUUAAAAGUACGAAUGGUCAGGUAGAGUUAGAGGAAUUAAGCUCAAAAACUGAUUCAUUACCAAUGAGUAGAUUUGAUUUACUAGACGGUGAUGAGAUACAUUUAGACGUAAUUCAAUAA